AUGCUGCUGAAAUGCCUUAUAUUGUUCGUUUUAUUCAUUCAAGGAUGUCACAGUAAUCCAAGACACGUCAAUGUGAUCGUCCGACAUCAACAAGUUUACAGGGUAGGUAGGGAUGCCGAAAGAACGCACGUCCGAUUAUCCCCAGCUCAUGAAAAACUACUCGAGUUAGAUCAAGUGAAACCUGGGAAAUUCUCGUCUACAUACGAACACGAAUCAUUUAAGUAUGAGCCUUACAGAAUAACACGAGGUAAAAGUGAUGAGUUAAACGAUAUUAAACCGGAAUACAAUUACGCUGAAGAUGAUUUUAACGAAGGUGAUUCUGACGAUACUGAAGAAACUUUCUCUGACAGAUAUGACAAAAAUGUGCAUUUACUGAAUGUUUUAAAGGAAGUUGAGUCUCAGCUAGUAAAACCGCCUUAUAUCAACGACGAAGAUAUAGUUGUGAAUAGACUAGCAAGACAAUCAAAAUUCAGGGAGAAUCGUAGAAAUAAACGUGCCGCACGAGAACAGUGGAGACAAUCUUUACCAGGGGCUAAAAGCACGGUUCCUGGAGCAAACGGCGGCAAGGAUGAGCCAGACGUCUGGGAUGAAGUUACGGACGCUGAGCUUAAACAAGCAAGUUACUGGAAAUAUCGAGACAUUGCAAAAUAUGCAGGGACGACCUUAUUGAGCGUCGCUUGUUUUGCAUUUCUUGGCAUAUGCUUUAUCCGAGACCCGGUUGCAUUUGUCUUUGCGUUCGGGACGGGCUGUCCUUGUUGCUUGAUAUGUUGUCCGUGCGUCCGUGCGUUCACAGACAAGUUUUUAAACGUCAAGGGUCUGGUGAAAGAUUCCAUGAACAAAUACAUGCCCGGGGUGAUUGUGAAAGAGGACGGUUCUCUCGACCACUAUGAACCGACGCCGGAAGAGGUGGAGAUCCUGCAUGAGCUUAUGGAGGAGAUCAUGUAA